ACAUGAAAGCCUCCAGCGAGAUAUAAAUGACAGCAAUUAAGCUGCGAGAACAAACAACAAAGCGGUUAUUCAUAACAAAACGGUCAGGAACUAUCAUGCUGCUCCAAUAACGCUUUAAAGCUUUGGUGUUCCGCAAAUCUGGUGAUGGAUUUGAUGCGUAUAAUCGCGUUGUGUGCACUGAUCGCAGCUCAUUGUGUUGGCGCAUCGCCACCGAACUUUGUGCUGCUUUUUGCCGAUGAUUUGGGUUACGGAGAUCUGGGCUGUUUUGGACACCCGUGCUCUCUCACCCCGAAUCUGGACAGACUAGCGGCCAACGGGCUGCGAUUUACCGACUUUUACGUCACGAGUCCCGUGUGCAGCCCCUCCAGGGCAGCAUUGCUGACGGGCCGCUAUCAGACUCGCUCUGGGAUUUAUCCGGGUGUGCUGUAUCCAGGCUCAAGAGGUGGUCUCCCUCUCAAUGAGACCACCAUAGCAGAGGUGCUGAAGACUCAGGGUUACUCCACAGCAAUAGUCGGAAAGUGGCACCUGGGCGUAGGGCUGAACGGCACCUACCUGCCAACCCGACAUGGCUUUGACAGUUAUCUCGGUAUCCCAUACUCACAUGACCAGGGUCCCUGUCAGAAUCUGAGCUGCUUCCCUCCGGAUGUGAAGUGUUUUGGCCUGUGUGAUCAGGGUGUUGUGACUGUACCUCUCCUGUUUAAUGAGAUUAUCAAGCAGCAGCCUGCAGAUUUCCUCCAGCUGGAGAAAGCCUAUGGUGAAUUCGCCUCUCAGUUCAUCAGUGACUCUGUCCAGGACAAUCGCCCAUUCUUCCUGUACUAUCCUUCACAUCACACACACUACCCUCAGUAUGCUGGUGCAGAUUAUGCAGGCAAGUCUCCGCGUGGGCCAUUCGGUGACGCUCUGAUGGAGUUUGAUGGCACUGUGGGGAAGAUUCUGCAGACUCUGGAGGAGACGGGUGUCAUCAACAACACUCUCAUCUUCUUCACUGGUGACAACGGGCCAGAGCUGAUGCGCAGGUCUCGUGGGGGGAACGCAGGACUGAUGAAAUGUGGUAAAGGCACAACAUAUGAAGGAGGAAUGAGAGAGCCGGCCAUCGCGCACUGGCCAGGAUUCAUCAAACCAGGUGUCACUCGUGCUCUGGCCAGCUCUUUGGACAUUCUGCCCACCUUCGCCAAACUGGCCGGAGCCGCAUUACCUGAGGUGCAGCUGGACGGGGUGGAGAUGACAGACAUCCUGUUCAACCUCGGACCGAGUAAAAGACAGACCAUGUUUUACUACCCCACUGAUCCAAGUGUGAAGUAUGGUGUGUUUGCAGUGAGAUGGGAAAAUUUCAAAGCACAUUUCUACACUCGGGGCGCAGCUCACAGUGAGACGACCCCAGACAACAGCUGCUCAUUACUGGCCUUCCUCAAGUAUCACGACCCCCCUUUACUCUUUAACCUGGAAACAGACCCGUCUGAAAACUAUAACCUUGACGGUGAUCAAUGGGACGCUGUCCGCAAGCAAAUCCAGGCCGUCAAGCAGGAGUUUGAGGCGUCUAUGGUGUUUGGAGAGAGUCAGAUUGCCAAAGGCAUUGACUCUUUACUCGAGCCCUGCUGCAUUCCUAAUUGCAGACCGAAACCCGAAUGCUGCCGCUGCAAUUCUGCACUUUAAUGGCCCGCACACUGCCAGAUCCCAGCAUUACACAGCACAGUAACAUAACCUUACAGUAGGGAUGUAACGAUGAAUGAAGUUGAAAAUCAUAUAUGUGACGAUUCAAAUCGGUUAAGAUGCCAAACAAAUAGUGAUACCUUUUCACAAGACGCAUUAUGACGCGUUUAACAUCAGCAUCUUAAAUCCUGGAAAGUUUUUAAUAUUUUUAUUAUCAUUAUUUUUUUAAACGUAUAAACAUUUAUAUGUAUUUAUGUAUGUAUUAUAUCAUCUUUGCAUCAAAUUACAAAAAACGAAUGACCUUAUGCAAGGUGUUUGUAAUGCUGAUUGUAUGGGGAGGACAGUAAGAAGCACUUCAAUUAUUACACGCAUGUUAUUAUCAUCAGCUCAAGAAGUUUGUUAUUUCAAAUAUAGAUGCACAGCAAGCGUAUAUGCAAGCUCUCUGGAGAAAGUGAAACCACUCGCGCUUUUAGACGGGCUCAUAAAACAACAACAGGACACGACAGAUUUUGUUCUUCUUGGCUCUGUGGCUGUUCAUCAAGACGACAACAAGGUUUGUUUGAGCUCGGGUUGACCAUGGCUUGUUAUUAUAUGUACAGUUGAAGUCCGAAUUAUUAGCACCCCCCCCCUGAUUUAUUUAUUUUAUUUUUUAAACAUUUCCCAAAUGAUGUUUAACAGAGCAAGGAAAUUUUCACAGUAUGUCUGAUAAUAUUUUUUCUUCUGGAGAAAGUCUUUUUGAUUUUAUUUCGGCUAGAAUAAAAGCAGUUUUUAAUUUUUUUAAAAACCAUUUUAAGGUCAAAAUUAUUAGCCCCUUUAAGCUAUAUUUUUAUUCCGACUGUCUACAGAACAAAUCACUGUUAUACAAUAACUUGCCUAAUUACCCUAUCCUGCCUAGUUAACCUAAUUAACCUAGUUUAGCUUUUAAAUGUCACUUUGAGAUGUAUAGAAGUGUCUUGGAAAAUAUCUAGUAUAAUAUUAUGUACUGUCAUCAUGGCAAAGAUAAAAUAAAUCAGUUAUUAGAAAUGAGUUUUUAAAACUAUUAUGUUUAGAAAUGUGUUGAAAAAAAAUCUGCUCCCCGUUAAACAGAAAUUGGGGGAAAAAAUAAACAGGGGGCUCAUAAUUCAGGGGGGCUAAUAAUUCUGACUUCAACUGUAUAUAUUAUUAUGAUGUAAUGCAGGGGUGGGCAAAGUCGGUCCUGGAGGGCCGGUGUCCUGCACAGUUUAGCUCCAACUCUGAUCAAACACACCUGCUUAUAGAUAAUUAGUGAUCUUG